GAAAAGCAAAGCCUUCUUCUUCUUCUCAUACCAUCCUUGCUUUCUCUUCAUAGCCUCCUCCUACAUCACACACACAAAACACACACUCUUCCUUCCUUGAUCUUCUUCUCCAAUGGCGGCGGCAAUCGCAGAGACCCAAUUCCAUGUCUUGGCUGUGGAUGACAGCCUCCCUGACAGGAAGCUCAUUGAGAGGCUCCUCAAGACCUCUUCUUUCCAAGUCACCACUGUUGAUUCUGGGACCAAGGCUCUGGAGUUCUUGGGGAUCCAUGGUCAGGACACCCCAAUUUCUCUCCAUGCAGACCAUCUGCAGGAUGUUGAGGUGAACGUGAAUCUGAUCAUUACUGACUACUGCAUGCCUGGGAUGACAGGGUAUGAUCUGCUCAAGAAGAUCAAGGAAUCAUCAUCUCUCAGGGACAUCCCGGUUGUGAUCAUGUCGUCUGAGAACGUACCUUCCAGAAUCAAUAGAUGCCUGGAGGAAGGAGCAAAUGAGUUUUUCCUGAAACCGGUACGGCUAUCAGACAUGAGCAAGCUGAAGCCCCACAUAAUGAAAAGCAGAUGCAAGGAGCAUUGCCACCAUGAAGAAGAAGACCUGCUAAGCAACAGCAAUAGCAACAACAGCUGUAACCCCACAAACAACAGCAGCAGCGAUAGCAGCAACCCCACAAAUAACAACACCGACUCUGCAAACAACAGCAGCGGCGAUAGCGGCAACACACGCAAGAGAAAGGCGACAGAAGACGAAAUUUUACCAAAGACAAGCAGAUCGAAGGCACAGUUAGCAGCACAAUUAUAAUUUGACAGCUAAUCUUUAAUUUUCCUUGGUUCUUUGCCUUACUUGGUUUUUGACAUCUGAUUUGUAAAACCUAUGUAGCCUUAGUAUGCAAAACAGAAUGGAAUCCGUAAACGGAUACUGCUUUAAUCAACCAUUCUCUGUGUAACACAUCUGAAGUUCAAAUGUGUAAUGGGCCAUUUAACACA